AGAGAAGAAGAACAAGAUGUCUGAAGCAAAGCACGAUGCUACCGAGGAAUCGACUACGGAGUCCGCCUGUUCGUGCUGCAGCAGACAGUCCAUCAGCGACGUUCACGUCAUGACAGACGGCGCCCUGCAGCAGAUGGGCGUCCACAAUCGAAAGCUGGAAGAACUCGUCGGCCUGAACGGCGGCGAGUUCCGGGCACCAGCAAAGGCCGUCGGAAGCUCGUCCGCGGGAAACUCAGCGUCGUCAGCUGUAGGGACGCCAGUUGAGCCGAAGCGAGUGGUAUCGUUCAGCGAGCCUCCCAAGGACCCUGAGAUCACGUCGCUGAGCAGUGCUGCCUCAAUACGGGGCGAAAGGUCCAAGUCCAGGAGGCGUGCGGUGGGCGUCUACGUCAGCCGUUUGCACCUGAGCGGACGACCGUCAUCUGCCCGCAAAGCUGUUAAAAAGGUGAGGCGGAAAAGGAAGAAGAAGAAUGAAAUCCUGGAGGCUUCGCCAGCGUCGUCCAACCAACGAUUGCGCACUGCCCUUGGCCCAUCACUGGGCUCGUUCGGCUUCUUCGUGCUCUUUGUAGUCGGCAUGGCCCUGGUGUUCGCCUACGCAAUCGCUUUCCGCGGCGGUCGGGAAAUUCGGCGACAGGAAAGUGUCGCAGAGGAGCCUGUCAACGGGACUGUGGCACCUGGAUUGUUACCGAUUGUGGCUCGCGCGGUAUAUUCGAAGAAAAUCACAAAAUAAAUUCGAAAUAGUGUUCUGCUU